AUGUCUGUGGUUGCCGAGGACCGAGACGUCGACGUGCAGGACGACCACGGAGAGCAGCCUCUCCCGACUUGCUCGCGCUCCGAAGAACUGCCGGGCCCGGCGUCGCCGUUGGACUCCGAAUGCACGACUGUCCAAACACGGUCGCAGUCGCCAAUGCAGGUACCCGGCUCGUCCACACACCUGCCGUACAUGGCCGUCUGUAGCUUGCUCGUGCUCCUGACUAUUGCCGGUGUGGCCACCACCGCCUACAAGAUGCACGCGGGCGAUGCCGUGAUGGCGCUCCUGAAACACUCCGCGGCGUUCCUGAGGCUGCGGGGCAACGCGACAGUCGCCAACGACAGCGGCCCGCUACACGAGGUCGACAGCCGGUACCUGGUCAUGCAGGAAAGGAAAGUUCCGUCGACACGGUCCAGCUGUGGGAGUGACGUCUGUACCUGGGUCGAGAACUACCUUCAGGGCCGACUCGACACAGCCAUCAACCCAUGCGUCGACUUCUACGGACAUGUCUGCUCCCGCCAAUGGGCGUCGCGAGGCCUGAGCCUCCAGUCCAGGGCGUUCAGGGAGCGAACGGCGGGCAUGAUGAUGAUGGACAUUGAGAGGUUCUUCCGGGACUACCUCAGCGAGAACGAAGAGCUUUACCACAGGUAUCCUGGCGUCUUCCUCCACCAGGCCAUCUCUCUGCUGCCAAAGUGUCAAUCUGAGGAGAAGGAUGACAAGAACCUGACGUCCCUGCGAGGUCUCCUGGAAGAGUAUAACCUUGGAAACUGGCCCUACAAGAGGGCUCCGCGGGGUUCGAACAUCGUCGCCGUGUCGGCUUUCGUGGACCGAGACCUCGGCGUUUUCCCUUUCGCCAGGGUGUUCCUUCGGAAGCCAUUCGAAGACGACCGCACGUACACGGUCCACAUCGACGUGCCUAGCCUAACGCUGAAGAGGUACAACCUCGCGUACCCCGAUGAGCCGCCGAGUAACUUCACUCAAAAGAUAGCGCUCGCGUUGUCGCUUCUCGACAAGACGCAAGACGUUGCGGAGCAAGCGGAAGCUAUAGGCGCCCUCGAGACGAAGCUCCACCACGUCAUGUCGGCGCCCCGCUUCGUCGAAUUCGCGCACAGAAUCAAGAGCAUCGGACAGCUCGACCACCAGGGAAAUUGGGACUGGAAAGCUUACCUCAAUAUCUUGUUUCAAGAUAUAGAGACGUUCGAUAACGACAGGACGGUGGCUGUUAUGAACCACGACUACGUCAUCAAGCUGGCCCGCAUACUCAACGAAACGGACAUUGUCACCCUUUUGAACUACGUGGGCUACCGUAUGGUUGUACACGUUUCCCCACUGCUAGUCAAGUCAGCUAGCCCUCUUCUGCGCUUGAGCCACGACAACUACCUAGAGUUCGUACCAGACCGUCGUCAGGCAUGCAUGCAUCUGCUCGAACGUCUGUACAAGCACGGCAUGCGCUUCUUUGGCCGAAUGACUUUCAGCAAGAGCAACUCCACGCUGCUUUUGAAGCACUAUGACUACAGCAUGUCGAACCUCGAAGUGCAGCUCAAGAGCAGCAUGAGCGAUCGCCUCCUCUCAUCUUCGUCGUGGCUAGACCGUUCGGCCAUCGGUACUGGCGUCGACAAGCUCGAGAACAUGCGCAUCAUUUUCCUGGGCAGCACGGACGACAUCAACGCCAUCGCAAGCUACUACAACUUCAACGCUCAGCCCUUGGAUACAAGCCACUUAGUGGAAAGCUUCCGCGAGCUGCAAGCCGGAACCAUGAACGUCUACUGGGAGACCAGGCCUCCGAAGGAGGACUUUGACGCCAGGUACGACCACACAGCUCUUUCACCGGGGCAUGAGUACUUCUUCGGUCGUAACGUGCUCUUCAUCCCACACGCCAACAUCGCCUUCCUCAAUGACAUCACCAAGAACAUCGACCCAGUACUCUUCCCGGUGGUUCUCACUGAAAUCUUCCGAGGCAUGUUCGGGGCAGUGGACAGGCGCGGAUCCACGGUGGACCACAACCUCGCAGUGGCCACGUGGUGGAACCCCGACGAGAUGAGCAAGUUCUCGCAGUUGGAGCUCUGCUUCCACGACCAAUACUACGUCGACAUUGCCGACCUCAUCGGCGACAACUUCGAGGCACGGCUAAGACUGGAGGAUAACAUCGCGGACAACGCCGUCAUUGGACCGCUGUUUGACAUGUACAUGAAAACACUGAUGUCUCAGGAUGGCGCGGACAAACUGAAGAUCACGGUGGACGGGCGACAGCUCGGCAUGAAUCAGCUGUUCUUCAUUCUCUACGCCGUGGGACUAUGCGACAAUCCUAACAGCGAAGUCUGGAAACGUAAGCUCAUGUUUGGUGAAAUACCCGGCAAACUGCGAGUGAACAUUCCGCUCAAGAACUUUGCGAGGUUCUCGACGGCGUUCAACUGCCCCUUAGGCUCACCCAUGAACCCUACUCGCAAGUGCACGGUCUGGUGAACUUGACAUCGCUCCAGC